ACAACACAAUGUCAACCCCAGCACCAGCCAUCCGCGAAGAACUCACAGUAGCUCUCAAUGGCAAAGCUAAUCAUUACUGGGAAACACUCAGCGCGUAUUUGGGCGGCAAGAUAUCGCGCGUUGAAUAUGAGGAAAUCAUCCGUCAGGCUUUAACGACAUCACACCUUGUACAACUGCAUAACUCUCUUAUUAUUUCGGUCCUUGGUUCGUCGUUACACCACGCGCCGCCCACUCCUCCGCCGGACGUCCCUGGAAAGCCGCCACGCAAGAGACGUCGGACUGCAGCAAAUGCAGACGCAGAUGACGCUUCGGCUUCUGCUCAUUCUACACGCCUGAAGAUGUGGGCCGUCGGAAUGGGCCGCAGAGAGCGCGAGCGCGUGAAAGCAUUGGAUACUGGUGCUCGUGCAGGGGUCAAACGUCCGAGGCACGAACUUGAUGAGAUUGUACAGGAGAGAGGUGUUCAGCUAUUACCGGAGGGCAAAGACCCUCCUGGGACGUACAGCCCUGUAAACCUAGCUUCCGUUACAAGGGCUCCUACUCUUUCACAUAUUUCCGAAAGGGUGGCUCUCAUUUCCGCCCAGCAUAACCUUAAUCCACCAACGAAAACUGUGGCUAGUCUUAUGUUAACGGCAUGCGAGGCGAAACUGAAACAGCUAAUAGCGCAAGCCCUUGCGCUCACUUCGACUUCUCAUGCCAUCACGUCGAUCCAACUUGCAAAAAUGCCUGGGCAGCCGACGACUCGUAUCUUAACCACGUCGGCCUUUGAAACGCUUCUUACCGUUCGGCCCGCUGUUCUGCCCUACCAAUCUGCCGCGGCCACACGACUUCUAGCGGAGGGCCCUAGCGACACGAAGCAUUAUUUCGACCACGACGUGCAGUUCAAGGAGCGGCAUACGGAAGAUCCGCGGUGGCAGUUAUUAGCCGUGCUGGCUGAGAGAAGUACGGUGCGAGAAGCCCUACUGACUGGGAGGUAGGACUGUGUGAUCUCUUGUUGAAAAGAAUGCUUAUAUACUCAUGUUUUGCUUCCCCGUUUGUUCUAUUGUGUUCGUGCUUUCUUGCCUAUUGGCUACUUGCUUUCAUCGGCUUCUUGCUUUCUUGCUUUGUGUUGUCGUUUGUUUUGUUGUACCGUUUCUUCCCUUUUUGAAAACUGCUCCCUGGAUUGUAUUGUCUCCUGUACUGACUGCUGUUUGUUCUUUAC